AUGAGUUUUGUUGCAACGAAACGUCUGAUUGCUAUCAUUACAGGUGCGAGUUCUGGGAUUGGUAAAGCCACAGCAGAAUAUUUUGCUGAAAAGGGCUACAAUUUGUCAUUGAAUGGUCGAAAUGAAAAGGCGCUCGAAGCAACGGUUAAAAAUUGCAUGACGAAAGGCUUAAGCAAAGAUUCGAUUUUGACUACAACGGGAGAUUUGACGGAUGAAAAAGUUGUAAAUUCCCUGGUCGAGCGUACAAUGGAAAAAUUUGGACGAACUGACUCGUUGAUUAAUGCUGCGGGAAUCCUAAUUAAUGGGAAAGUAAUGGAUUGCUCUAUGCAAGAUUACGAUUAUCUGAUGAAUGUAAACCUUCGAAGUAUUGUUCAAUUAACGCGGAAAGUUGUACCUUAUCUUAUCAAAACGAAAGGUUCAAUUGUGAACGUAAGCAGUAUCAAUGGUCCAUGCCCCUUUAGUGGCGUAGCAUUUUACUGUGUGUCAAAAGCAGGAUUGGAUCAGUUUACGAAAUGUCUAGCUCUUGAGUUGGGUCCUGAGGGAGUUAGAGUCAAUUCUGUGAACCCUGGUGUGGUCGUCACCGAUAUACACAAAAGAUCCGGCAUGACUGAUAAAGAUUAUCAUGAGUUUCUUGAUCGAGCAACUAAAUUUGCUGCACUCGGUAAAACUGGAACAGCUGUGGAUAUUGCCAGAGCUAUUUAUUUCCUGGCAAGCGAUAAAUCGUCAUUUAUUACUGGUGAUCUGCUUAGAGUUGAUGGUGGGCGAGGAAUUAUGCAUUUAAGAUGA